AUAAAAAACACAUUGUUCAACCCUCUGGAACUUGUCUUACUCAGAAAUUUCGUCGGGUGAGGAAGGAGGACGCGGGAGAGUAUUACUGCCAGGCCAAGAACGACGCGGGACACGCACAGUGUCCGCCGCAAACCAUGGAAGUCUAUGACGUCGACAUCCUCGGGAUUUUCCUCAAGUGCUUUGGCGCGGUGAUCGUUUUCUUCUGUGUGACCGCGUCCAUUUGUCAUUACCUCAGACGUGGAUGCUUCCACAAAAAAGGUCACAACGACAACAAUUAUAACUGGCCAGCUCAGCGUGACGGUGUUGACUACGGUGACGCAGACGAGGGCCACUUUCGCCACAAGAGUUCGUUCAUCAUUUGACGACCGAGAGAGAGAGCGAGAGAGAGAGAGAGAGAGAGAGGAGACAAGAUGGAACCGAGGCAAAAAACAAACACAAACUGUUAAGGUUAAACUUGCAACAAUGAGACGUAACAUGGCACAUGAUUCUCUGAUGCACAUCAAAAGCAAACCAACUUGCCAAAGUAAUUUUAAAAUCAUUUUGUAGCACAGUUUUCUCUUUUAUUUAUAAAAAAAAAAAUGUAUUUGGUUGGUAUUGAUUUCCAUUUGAAACAUUUGGUUUUUACUACGGAAGUUUUUUUCUGCCACUUUCUGAAAAAAAGGCAAGCACAACUGAGUCAUAAUUAUGAGACGCUAAGUCAUGAUAAUAAAAUGCUAAGUCAUAGUCUCUUACAAUUAUGAGACGCUGAGUCAUGGUAAUGAAAUGCUAAGUCAUAGUAUCUUAUAAUUUAUAACUUAAUAUCUCAUAUUUAUGACUUAGUAGAUCAUAUUUAUGACUUAAUGUCUCAUA